CCACCGCAUCGCGUGAGCAUCAUGUAAGUUUGUAGAAAGGGGCGGUACCGAUGUGCUACUGCAAACAAGAGCGAGCGGAGAACCGGAGGAUGCAGGAGCAGACGAACCGCAUCUGCACACAGAGGAAGACAUGAGACUGUUUUAACAGCAGUGCGGGAUCGCUGAGGCUGAACUAGUCGUUUUGACCACUUUUGGUCUUCUAAUAGAAAGAUGGCGCCGUCGGGCUCGCGCAGCGAUCAAUGCUGGAGAGUUUUAUACUGGAUCCCUGUGCUGUUCAUCAGUCUGAUCGUGGCAUGGUCCUACUACGCGUAUGUAGUGCAGCUCUGCAUAGAAUCUAUUGAAAACAUGGGAGAGAAAAUAGUUUAUCUCCUGGUUUAUCAUGUGCUUUUCAUAAUGUUCCUGUGGUCAUACUGGCAAACCAUCUUCACAAAACCCAUGAACCCCCUCAAAGAGUUCCACCUGUCACAUCCUGACAAGGAACUAUUAGAGCGUGAAGAUCGGAGAGAAUCUCAACAGGAAAUCUUGAGGAGAAUUGCUAAGGAUUUGCCCAUUUACACGCGCACAAUGUCAGGAGCUGUCCGCUACUGUGAUCGCUGUCUGCUGCUGAAGCCUGAUCGAUGUCAUCAUUGCUCUGCCUGUGAUAUGUGCAUUUUAAAGAUGGAUCACCAUUGUCCGUGGGUGAACAAUUGCGUGGGCUUCGCCAACUACAAGUUUUUCAUGCUCUUCCUAGCAUAUUCAUUGUUGUAUUGCCUCUUUGUCACUGCCACAGACUUGCAGUAUUUCAUUCAGUUCUGGACUAAUGGCCUGCCUGAUACCCAAGCCAAAUUUCACAUCAUGUUCCUGUUUUUCGCUGCCUCCACGUUCUCAGUGAGCCUAGCGUUCUUGUUUGCUUAUCACUGCUGGCUUGUCUGCAAGAACAGAUCCACAUUGGAGGCUUUCAGAGCUCCUGCGUUCCAGCAUGGCCCAGACAAGAACGGCUUCAGUUUAGGAACAAACAAUAACUUUCGCCAAGUGUUUGGAGAAAAAAAGAAAUACUGGCUGCUGCCUGUUUUUUCAAGUCUGGGUGACGGCUGUUCAUUCCCCACAUGUCUAGCGAACCCAGACCCCGAACAACCCUCCUUGCCCCCAGGACGCAACCCUUCUAUCAAAAGUGCUGGUGAGUCUCAUCAGUUUCCACCUAAACCUCUGAGAGAGUCUCAGAGCCGGCUGCUGAAUAACGGACAGUCAGAGGGAAGUGAAGACCGAGACAAGCGAGGUACAAGCAACCCAGCCUUGACUAUUGAGAAGGAAACUUAGGAACAUGUUAAUGAAACAGGAGUUUUGUCCUAAUGAUGUCUGUUGUCAGUGGAACAGUGAAGACGUCUCUGCUGCUCUUGCACAGACUUCCACUGCCCUUCCACUCUCUACCUACUGAAUUGUGACCCUUCACAAGCGCUAACA